AUGGUGAUACUAUUCUUAUUACUUAUAUUGAGUUCUUACACAUAUGCAUAUGUUGAUGAAAGUGCACUAGCAACUUUACAAACUUUAGAACAUUGGAAUACAUUUCGUAUUAUUAUACCACAUACAGCAGAUGAAUGUUUUUAUCUUGAAACAAAAUUCCAUGAUACAAUUCAUGUAAUCUACCAAGUACUGAGAGGCGGCGAUUCUAAUAUACGAGUAGUAAUACAAGAUCCUAUCGGAAAUAUAACAUUUUUUAGCCCAAAACAAUCAUUUGGUUGGUAUGAUGUAGAAAAAUCGAAAAUUCCUGGUACUUAUAAAAUAUGCUUUACAAAUGAACAAUAUUUUACAGCAAAAACUGUUUACAUUGGCGUUCUUGCAGCUCAUCAAGAUCGUCUUCAUGAAGCAAAUCUUGAUGCAGCCGAAAAUAAAAAUAAUAAUGAAACUGCUGCUUUGGAAGAAUUUUCAGACACUAUGAUGACAUCUCUUGGUAAUAUAUCCCAUACACUCUAUCGUGUUAGUGCUUUUCAAACAGCAGGACGAGUUCAUGAGGUACGUGAUUUAUAUACAAUACAAGCUAAUAAAAUUUAUGUGCAAAAUUGGGCAAUAAUUCAAAUUCUAACAAUGAUUAUAUGUUCAAUGAUUCAAGUCUAUAGCAUACGACGAUUAUUUGCAUCAACAAUAUCGAAAAAAACAUCGUCUAAUACAAAGUUUAAUCAAAGUUUCAAUUCACAACCAACACCACAUUUUAUAUAUAACUAA